ACGUCACCAACUUCAAUGCAUUUGCUGCAAAAUAGCUCUUGUGGGAAAACAAACGAAUAAAACACUUCCUUUGACCAUUGUAUUGCAAAACUCUGAUUAUGCGCCAUUCAAACGCGUGUCAGCCAAAGAGAGACGCUUGAUAAAGCUUUAUUUUGAUUCACGUGAACACGUUUACUCAUGUUACAGGUUGAAGUUAAAUAAUAAAUGUCCAACAAACGCGUUUGAUAAAUCGAAUGUCUUUUCUUCAGAGACAUCUGACGAUAGAUCAGUAAGUUAGAUGAGGAAGUCGCGGUCGGACAGGAUAUGAGACUCAAAAGCUCAUGAAAAACUGUCCAUACCAGAGAUUAUACUAAAGCGCCGAAGACUGUUUUGGACUGAUUGAGUGAAACCUUUUCAAGUAAGUUAAUAAAGACCAUCCCAUAAGACGUAUCGCCAUGACAACCCCAGAGCCAAUCAGAUUACGUGUCUUCUCUCUCAACUGCUGGGGGGUCCGAUACCUCAGUAAGAACUGCAGGGACCGGUUUGUUCUGAUCGGAGAUCUGCUGAAUCAGGAACAGCUGGAUAUAGCGUUACUGCAGGAGGUCUGGUGUGAGGAAGACUUUCUGUUUUUAAAGAAGAAGCUCGGCAGCGUCUAUCCGUUUUCCCAUUAUUUUAAAAGUGGAUUUAUAGGAAGUGGACUGGCCGUGUUUUCCAGACAUCGAAUCCAUGACGCUUUUCUGUACAGAUACUCAUUAAACGGAUACCCGUACAUGGCUCAGCAUGGCGACUGGUUCGGUGGCAAGGCUGUCGGGAAGGUCCUGCUUAACAUCAGUGGGCUGAAUGUUCAUGUCUUUGUAACUCAUCUGCAUGCAGAAUAUUGCAGAGAGAAAGAUUCAUAUCUCCCGCACCGAGUGGUUCAAGCCUGGGAGCUGCAACAGUUCAUAAGGCACACGAGUGCUGGAGCGGACGUGGUGAUCCUGGCUGGAGAUCUGAACAUGCACCCGGGCGACCUCGGCACCAGACUGCUGAGGAACUACACCGGACUGCUGGAUAGCUUCAGUGAGGCCGCCCACUUUGACGGAUGUGAGGAAGGAUUCACCCAUAUAUCUGAAAACCCUUUCACACACACGGAUGGUCUCGUUCCUUUUGGGGGAGGAGUCCGGAUAGACUACGUCCUGUUCAAGGGAUCAGAGGAAGUAGAUGUGCGCUGUGAGUCUUUGUCCACCACUAAGGGUCCAGUUCCUGGACAGCCCUUUCCUUAUUCAGACCACGAAGCUCUCACUGCCGAGUUCCUGUUUACGCCAACUAAAAAGGGAAAUGGAUGCAAGGAGAGAGAAUUUGGCUGUAUUCCAGAUAAGCUUCCUGAGCUGGUCAACACAGUCAAUGAAGCUCGUACUGAAGUAAAGGUGGGUCUGCACUGCUCUGAGCGCAUGCGCCACACCGCGGCUCGCACAGGCAUCAUGGGUCUCGUCCUGCUAGUACUUGAGUUAGCCAUCGCCGCUGUGCCGUUGUUUGCUCUGGGAGCUGAACAGCCCUUCCCUAAAGCCUCUUUCUACCUGCUGGGGGCGCUGUGCUUUGCCGUCCUCCUCUCUACACUGAUGCUGUACAUCUUCUACAGCAUGGAGGUCAAGGCACUGGAAGGCACUGAGAACCAGAUGAGACUGGCACUAAGUAGCCUUCAGGAACGGAUUAAGGAGUACCCCAAGGCUUUAUCAUCGGACCAUUUGCGAAAUUCACUCGACGGCAAGGAUUCGGUGCGUUUGUAGCAAAAAAGAUGAACUAAAUUUAGUCUUUGGAAGGAAUACUGAACUGAAACUUUAUGAGAAGGACAAUGGGUCACUAUUUUUGAUGUCUUAACUGAACUGAACACAAACUAUGCAGUUUUUUCUGUUUUUUUUUUUACAAUACAUUGAGGAUCAAUCUUCUGGAAACCAGAAAAUUAGACAAAAUCAUUAAUUCCAUGACAUAUCUAUUUCACUUCAUUUGUUCAGUCCAGGGGGCCUGAGGCUGCAGGAUGACUUAAAAUGUUAUAUAUUCAUAUAAUAAUCACUCAAUAUAGUUAAUAUAAUGGGGAAGCCGUUUUUAGUAAUAAAAGAAAUAUUAUUAAUAAUAAAUUUAGUGUAGAUUUAUACGAUUACUUUCAACUAUAUAACAAUUAAAAUGCUUAAAAAAGAAACAUUAAAUCAAACUUAAUUGCAUUUUUUUUCUCAAUAACUAAUCAAGUAUUUUUAUCGAAAAA